AUGAACUUGCCGUGGUUGCGGCCGACGCCGAAUUUGCUAUUCCGAAGAUCAAUAUCGACUACGCCAUGUAUGAACAAAAAUAGAGCCGGAAAAUUUAGGUCAACGACAAACCGGACCCAAUUGUUGACGUACGAGAUGGCUCAGCGACCCCAUCAUAUUGGCGUCAAGAAGGCCUGGCUAACGUGGCACAGUCAGAAUUUGGAAGAAUUUCGCAACCAGCAGCCGGUGAUGGUAACCCAAGACGAGAUUAUCAGAAGGUUCAUGCGCGGUUUCUUCCCAAAUAACGUCGUCAUUCAAGGCGAGGAGAUCGUGAUCAAGAGGCGUGGUAACGUGAUAUACGUCGCUGGCUUCUUGCAAUAUUCGCGACAUCUCGACACUCAACGGAUAUACUGGAUGUAUGGCUUCGCCGAAGAAUUCCUGUCAAUCCUGCUCAAGCAGCCCGUGAAGCUGGAGAUGCAAUUCGUCGAAUCGGAAAAAGAUCUCGCUUAUAAUUACAUU